AUGCUGUUUAGGUGUCCUAAUGAGUUGUAUGAGAAGCCCUUAGUCGACGUAGUGUGGGAAGUUGUUUCAAAUUUUGAAGACUAUGACAAAUACGUGUCUGGCAAAAGACUCCAUGAAGAUGAUACUGGACAACAAGAUAAAUACGUUGAAUCAUUUACUAAGUUAAAACAGGAUAUUGUUCACGGACUUAAUAACGCUCCUCACGAAGCAAUUCCACAAGUCAAUUCACUUGGGGAGGAAAGAGUAAAAGAGGCAUUAAAAUCCGACACUGAAGUCUAUAGACUUAUAUACAAGUGCAAAAGUAUAUCGGAGGUAGUAAAUGAAAUCAAGAUGAGGCUCGAUGAAAAUGAAAAGACAGUGUCAAAUUAUUUGAGGGAUAUUAGAAAAAAAGAGAAUAUAUUAACGGAUAUUUUCGACAGUUUGGACUACAUAAAAAAGUUUUAUAACGAAUAUGGAUUGGAUUUUAAUUCUAAUUCCAAAAAAAUGGUCAGAAAGGCACUAAAGAAAGAUAUUGCUGACUUAGAAGAAAAAAUUAAGCUUAAAAAGGAAUUGUUACUCGGAGGUCAAAGAAAAUAUGAGCAGGUUAAGGAUGAAUUAUAUAAUUGUUACAAUAACUUGAAUUUGCUCUACGCACUUAAUAUCGCAUUGAAAACUUCAACGUAUGACUAA